AUGAAGUCUCCUUUUGUGUGGAUUUCUUUGUGUUCAUUGGGUUUUUACCAACUUGGAUUUUGCACGUUUUUGCAUCAACCCUGUGGAAAUUCCCUGGGCCCGAAAAUUAUGAAUGGCACCAACGCAAAUUAUGCAAAGGCUUCGUAUAUGGCAAGUAUUUCUAAUUUAACAAUGGUAUUCUGCGGUGGCACGGUUAUUCAUAAAGACUUUGUAUUAACGGCUGCUCAUUGUAUCCAUGGAAAGAAAGACACGCUGUUCGUGAAUCUUGGAGCGUACAACAUUAAUCACCCGACCGAUAAGAUUCGAGUUAGAUAUAGUAUGCCCCAUCCAGAAUUCAACAAGAUGAACUACGUUAACGAUAUAGCGCUGCUAAAGUUGGAGAGGAGUGUACAUUUUUCGUUUUAUAUCCAAGCAAUAUGCAUUUUAAUGGACAACAUUAUGGCAAAUCAUGUAAGGCGGUAUAACGCGCUUGGCUGGGGAAAAACAGAAAACGCCGCGCAUAGCGAUAUUCUUCAAGCCAUUUCGCUGAACCGAACGGAUCCAAUGGAUUGUUAUAUUCGGAUGGGUCUAUACCCCGAUCCGAAACAGAUUUGCGCGAAAAGCUACGGAGAUACAUGUAGCGGCGAUUCUGGCGGUCCGUUGAUAACCAAAAUUUGGAUCACAGGACGGAGUUUCGACACGCAACUCGCCAUCAUCAGUUAUGGAACUACAGAAUGCGGUGGAGUGGGUAUAUAUACCGAUAUCUCGCCGUAUUUGGGCUGGAUUGCACAAAACAUUGAGAUCAAUCCAGGUGACCGGGUAACAAGGAAAGUCAACGAUGUGUUCCUGUAUGAGGACUGCACUGGGCAUGCAAUAAACUCUAUUCUUACCGCAAACAUUUAUGGACAUCAUUUCAACGCGAAGGGUGUGCUGAUCACCGAUCGCCAUGUGCUGACGAUUGCAGACAUCUCUCGAGAAAGCCCCUAUUCCUUGGCCAUUGAACUGAUGGGAAGAGGAUUCCGUGCUAACGCGUUUUUUAAGGUGCCCGACAACAUUGGUAUAGUACUGAUUCACCUGAAGAAUCGCUUGGUAAUCAGAGAUGCCUUGAAACCGAUCUGUUUUCUGGAAACUGCCAAGUUCGAUGGUUCUUUGAGUAUCACUGGCCUAAUGCCACAUGGCUCAAGCAAUUACGUCACUAAUGUGAUGAGCCUCAAUUGGAAGAUGUGUGAGCAACGGUUGGGGAAAAAAAUCAAAGCCAAUCAGUUUUGUGUGAAAAACAUUAACGGACAAAGUGCACCUCAAAACGCUGGAACAACUGGCGACUUAUUGGUAAAGGAAGUCUCGAAUGCCUUGAGCAUGAGGCAUAUCACUCUAUUGGGCUUGGUAGACUUUUCGGUUAAUGGCGUAUACGUAAUAACAAGUGCUUUGGCACAUGCAGAAUGGAUUUCGGGAAUAGUAAGCCAGACAUGAUAGUUCUUCUCAAGUUAAUGGUACCUAGAUUAUAAUUGAUGCACUUAAAAACUAUGAGUAUUUUCGGGUAUUGUUUUCAAUAAAAGCAAGGUCAUUUCAGU